AUGGAGUCUUCUCCAGUUGCCUCUGUAACUGGCAACAAACGCGUGCGCCGCGAGAUUGAGCCGCAGGACGAGGAAGAAGUCGUGACACUUUCAGAUGUACUUAAGCACAAUGAACAAAUGACAGAGGCGGCAGAUGCUGUGCUAGGAGAUGCUAGUGACACGCACUGCAGCUACCCCAUGGGAUACAUGCGUCAGGCGGUCUAUGCCUGCUUGACUUGCACUCCAGACGCGGCUGAAAAGCCCGAGACGCGCGCUGGUGUUUGCUUGGCGUGUACAUAUAAUUGUCAUCAAGAUCACGAGCUCUUGGAGCUAUACACGAAACGCUCAUUUCGCUGCGACUGUGGCAAUGGAAAGUUUCCCACUAGUAAUCCUUGCAAGUUAGAAGCGGACAAGGUGUCGACAAACUCUCGCAAUACGUAUAUACAGAAUUUUGGAGGGCUGUACUGCAAUUGUCAUCGACCGUACCCGGAUCCAGAGAGAACGACGCCAGAGGUCAUGAUACAGUGCGUCAUUUGUGAAGACUGGCUGCAUGAAGAGCACAUAUUUGAGAAUGUGGAUAAGUCCUUGGUUACCAAUGAGAUGACAACUAGUACGCAAACAGAUACGCCAGCGACGGCUAACGCGGACAAGGAGUCGCCUUGCGACGUAAAUACUAAAAUCGCUUUGACAGUUCCGCAAAAUUUCGAUGAGCUCAUUUGCUUUGAGUGCAUGAAGAAGCAUCCAUUUCUCAUGGUCUAUACAGUGGACUGUGCAGAUGAAAGUCUCGGUGAAACAUCAACUAAUGCUGUUUCGAACGAAUGCACUUUUAAAGUGAGACAGCGACAAUUAGAGGAUGAGAAAACAAUUCAACCGACGUUUUGGUCCAGCGAGUGGCGCAGCAAGCUCUGUAACUGUUCGUCGUGUGUUGCUCUGUUUGAGAAUCAUAAAAUUGCGUUUCUCUUGGAUCCCGAAGACUCGUUGCAUGUAUAUGAAGCGAGUGCGAGAGCCAAGAAACAAGCAUCCGAUGAAGAAGUUGCUCACGCAACUUUUUCCAACAAGCUGACGCAUGAACAACAAGUGGAGGUGGCCAUGGGAUACAGUCUCAUGAAAAACAAUCUGCAGCAAUAUCUAGCCGGCUUUGCAGCUACAGGCAAGAUGGUUCGAAAGGAAGAUAUCCAGACUUUUUUUGAAGGGCUGAACCAAGCGAAAAAACAGAAGACUGAGUAA